CCACUACUUUAAGCUGACAGAAGCAGCUCAGCAACGGCGAUAACGGCGUUUGUUCGGACACUAUGGAUUCAUCGACGCUGAGUUCCUCACAGUUCACCGCACUUUCCGGCCAGCUAACUUCCCGGCGGCCGCAACUGAAGCCACUCCGCCACACCGUCAAUUUCAAUUCCCCGGCAACUAAAUUAUCAUUCCGCACAUCCGCUAAUAGCAGCGAUGAUAACUCUGUGACACUACUUGAUUAUGGAGCUGGAAAUGUUCAGAGUAUUAGAAAUGCAAUUCGUUAUUUAGGCCUCGAUAUCAAAGACGUUCAAACACCAGAGGACAUUUUAAAUGCAAAGAGACUUAUUUUUCCAGGGGUUGGUGCAUUUGCUGCAAUGAUGGAUGUGUUAAACCAGAACGGGAUGGCAGAAGCAAUUCGUACUUACGUUGAGAAUGAUCGCCCCUUUUUAGGAAUUUGUCUUGGUCUGCAGCUACUUUUUGAGUCAAGCACGGAAAAUGGGCACGUGAGUGGUCUUGGUCUGAUUCCUGGGGUGGUUGGACGCUUUGAUUCUUCCGACGGUUGUAGGGUGCCUCAUAUUGGCUGGAAUGCUUUGCAGAUUGAAAAGGAUUCUGUUAUAUUAGAUGACGUUGCAAAUCGCCAUGUAUACUUCGUUCAUUCUUACCGUGCUGUUCCGUCAGAAGAAAAUAAAGAAUGGGUUUCAUCAAUAUGCAACUAUGGGGUUGACUUUAUAUCAUCCAUUAGAAGGGGAAAUGUACAUGCUGUUCAAUUUCACCCAGAGAAAAGUGGAGAUGUUGGUCUGUCAAUAUUGCGGAAUUUUUUGUUACCAAGCUCUUCCAUGACUAAGAAGCCAUUUGAAGGGAAGGCAAAAAAGCUUGCAAAGAGGGUAAUUGCUUGUCUUGAUGUGAGAACAAAUGAUAGUGGUGAUCUUGUGGUGACCAAAGGAGAUCAGUAUGAUGUUAGAGAGCAGACAAAAGAGAAUGAGGUGAGAAACCUUGGCAAGCCAGUUGAACUUGCUGGACAGUAUUACACGGAUGGCGCUGAUGAGGUUAGCUUCUUGAAUAUUACCGGAUUUCGUGAUUUCCCUCUGGGUGAUCUGCCAAUGUUGCAGAUUUUGAAGAAAACAUCAGAGAAUGUUUUUGUACCACUAACGGUUGGUGGUGGUAUCCGAGAUUUCACUGACGGAAAUGGCAGGUACUACUCUAGUUUGGAAGUAGCUUCAGAAUAUUUUAGGUCUGGUGCAGAUAAGAUUUCUAUCGGAAGUGAUGCUGUUUAUGCUGCAGAAGAGUAUAUAAAGACAGGAGUAAAAACUGGGAAGAGCAGCUUAGAGCAAAUAUCUAGAGUCUAUGGGAAUCAGGCGGUGGUUGUAAGCAUCGAUCCUCGUAGACAAUAUCUGACAAGUCCGUUUGAGGUUGGAUUCAAGUCUGUUGAAGUAAGCAACUUGGGACCCAAUGGUGAAGAGUAUGCCUGGUAUCAAUGCACUGUGAAUGGUGGACGAGAGGGUCGUCCAAUUGGAGCUUACGAGCUUGCCAAAGCUGUUGAAGAGUUGGGAGCUGGAGAAAUAUUGCUAAAUUGUAUCGAUUGUGAUGGUCAAGGGAAGGGAUUUGAUAUAGAUCUAAUAAAGCUUAUUUCUGAUGCUGUCAGUAUUCCUGUAAUUGCGAGUAGUGGGGCAGGAACUGUUGAACACUUCUCUGAAGUUUUCAAACAGACAAAUGCUUCUGCAGCUCUUGCUGCUGGCAUUUUUCACAGAAAAGAGGUACCCAUUCAGUCAGUAAAAGAGCAUCUGUUGAAGGAAGGUAUAGAAGUCAGGAUGUAGCCUCCAAUCUAUCAAUAAGAUAAGAUGAUAUCAUGAUUGUAAUCCUGUAUCAGAAGUAUUCGAGUUUGUUUUUGCUUCUCUUCUGUUGUAGAACCGAAACUGCAAUUUGUAUCGAGUUUUUGGGCAACCUUUUUUUAAGAAGAAAGUUGGUGUUGAUACUGA